CGAGAACUCGGGGAGGCUCCUGCACCACGGGCAGCCACUUCUGUGACCACCUGUCCUGCCGCCUUUCCGCCUCCCCCCUCCCCCCUCCUCCACCCGCCCUCCCUGAAAACCAUGUCCAAGAUUGUUCGCGUCCCCUCGCCGGCGGAGUUCGACUCCAUCAUGGCCGACCUGGCUGACGAGCCGCUCGUCUUCGUGGUGUUCAUCUCCAGCGUCGCCCCGGAGACCGGCGAGACCUGGUGCCCCGACUGCGUGAUCGCCGACCCGGUCAUCCGCAAGACCGUUUUCGAGCUGAAGAAUGCCAUCCUUGUCGAGUGCCCCGUCGGUUCCCGCGAUGAGUACAAGAACCGCCCGGAGCACCCUUACCGUGUCCACCCGAAGAUUCAGCUGCGUGCUAUUCCCACGCUGAUGCGUUGGAAGGGCGAUGGCCCAGUUGGCACUCCCCUUGUGGAGGAGGGCUGCCUGGUUCCCGAGGACAUCCACAAGCUGGCCGAGCUCUGAUGGUCUCCCUCCGUAUGUCCCUUGCCUGGCCGGGGAUUGCGCCCCCCCCCCCUGGGCCUUUCAAAUGCACAUCUAUGUCCUCC